AUGUCCCAUCGCCAUGCAGCACAGCACUACAUGACUGUUCAACACAAAGCAGCAGAGGCAAGACUUGCAGCAUACUGGGUGCAAGGCAGCAAGCACAGCUUUGAGGGUGGCAAGGGCAACAGUGCCAAGGGCAGUGAGGGCAUCACAGCCAGGGUGAGAGUGAUGGUGAGGACAGUGAAGGUGAUGAGGGCAAAUGUGGGCUGGUGGGCUUGA